CUUUCUGUUUUCCUACCUGACUCUAGUAGCAGGUGAGUAAAUGUGUGAGUGGAACAAACAACCCUUCACACCUCUUGUAAACCCAUUAACUAGUUUUUACUUCCCUUUUAUGCGCACAUAAGUCAGCUAUUUGAACGUUUUAAUUUUCAAGUGUCAUGUAACGCUAAUUACUGUCUACGGUAAGUAUUGUAAUAGCUGCACAGUCAGAAUUUUAGAGGGAUUAUUACAUGACAGGCAAAUUACCCCUUUCUCUGUCUGAGAGAAACAUAAAAGUCAACACAUUUUGUUUGAAUGACAGAAUGAAUGAGAAAAAUAACCAAAGACCUGUUUCUACAAAGUACUAAAAAUCAAUGACAAACAUUUCUUUUAUUUUUUGUUUGAAUUAUAGACCUCUGUUCCUACCACUUCUUCUUCAGAGUAAGAACCUGUGAGCAGCUCUGGAAUAAAAAGUACAGCUGUCAGAGACUAUUUGCAGCUAUUUACAGUCAAGUCAUUCCCUUUCUGACCGAGUAAACCAAUCUCAAGAGUACAAAGAGAUUUUCUGCUUUGAUGAUGAAAUGUGUCGAUGAACAUCAAGGACUUUUUGGUUAUCCUCUGUAAGAGUUCAUGCUGAGAGGUGUCCUUGUGUGUGUGAGUGUCUGAGUGUGCAGCUAAGUACAACAAUAGUCCCCCUGGUUCAGAAACAAGCCAAUGAUACCCUCCUCGUCUGCUCCUCUCUGAACCUCCACCCACUCAUUGCUCUCAGACAUGAUAUGGGGUCUUAAAAUAUCCCACCUGCAUAAAUUAUUCAGUGUAUCAAAAGCCAUGUUAUCUGUAAUUCUUCCCGGCCCCUUCUUUUCAUUUUCUCCCGCUUCUCCAUUCUUUGAUUGUCUUUCACCGGGUGGUUUUUCUCUUCUCUUUUUUGUUGGUCCAAUUUCAUAACUGUACAAUAGUGGAUAUAGGUAUGCACAAAAACACUCAAACACACACACUCAUUGGCUCCUCAUUCCACUACUCUAUACCUCUUAGCGUAUUGAUCAAAUAUGCAUAAGAAGCAGAAUGCAGGCAUAAUGGACUUUGAGAUUUGAGAGCAUUAGUGGUCAAUGAUUAGCAAUGAUAACUGUAUUCCAAAUUUAAGGAGUCCUUCACUCUUUCCACAUCUGUUUCAACCUUUGUGUUCAAACACAACCCCCCAAAAAAAUAGAGUCUUUAUUCCUCAUUUACAUUACAGCAGCUUUAAAUGUAUUAUAUACUAGUUAUUUUGCCAAAUCAAAAUGAUAAGUCUAUUAAAUUCUCGAAAUCAAGCACAAAAACUAAAGCCUUUAUUUAACAGAGUUGCACAGGAUCUUCCCACUGUCUUCUCCUCUACCCCUCAUCCACUCUCUUUGUCCUAUUUUUGUGACUCUAAUGGGAAAACAGAGUGUUGGCUGUAACAGCUUUGGAGGGGGAAAAGCAAAAACUGAAGUGUGAGUAAAACAGGAGAUAAGGUCUGCUGAGACAUGCAGUCUACAAGAGCAAAAAUACUCAUGAAUAUGGAUCAAGUUGGUGGAAGGGUGCAUAAACUGCCAGAAUUACAGACUUGUGUGGCUGUGGUGCCUGAAAAGCUGACUGUGGGGUACAGACUGUGGAGUAUGUCUGAUCAGGGAAUAACAAGAUGGCAUGAAGAAUGAGGAUAUGUAGGAAAACUCAAGACAGAGAUUCAUUUAUUUGAGUGCAUGGCUUGAAUAGUUUGAUUAAAUAUCCCUCCUUUCCUGUUUGAAUUCACAAUUAAGAUAUAGUUGUGUAAUGGCUUUGCACUGUCUGAAUACGCAUGUGUGUUUUUUUCCUCCAGUGUCCACACUAAUGCAAAAAUGUAAUCAAAUCCUGCAUGGAGUCUGUUCAGUGAUUGCCAAACUCAUGCACCGCCAGAAUCCUGCAGAGGGCAGCCUCGCCAUGCUGAAUGCAACUUUCAGCGUUCGCCUGUAUUGAUGGUCAGGAGGCUGACAGAGGCAGCUACUCCUCUCCCUGAGGCUACAUGGGUGUUGCAGGGGUCAGCCAGUGGUUGCAUGUGCGCCAGACACAUCCGUUUAAACGCUGAUGAGAGGAUAUUAAUGUAAUGACAGCUAGCAAGGCGGGGAAUCAAUCUUGUUAGAGCAAGGGGAGCGUACCGUUAAAGAGAGCGCGGCCUGUAUGAGAUGAAUAGUGAUUAGUUUGGGAUAUCAGUAGAUGGCACAGUGGAGCUGGUGCAAUUGUCAAAGGGUAGAGAACUUCGCAGUGUGGAGGACUAUCAAGUAUAAAAUCUAAACUUUGCUUUUUUUCCCCUCUUUUUUUUUUUUUUGCAAACCUGUAGGCCUACUAAUAAUACUCUGGUAGCAUUGAAAGAAUCUGAUUUGACUGAAACUGAAGCGCACUCUUGUUUUGCAGCUAUCAUAUUCAGGAAAGGCUGUCUUUGAUGGACAAGCCCGAAGGUUUGAUGUACAAAAAGUCGUGUGUGUAGGCUGCAGGUCUAUCAGUCAACAGGGGAUUAAUCACAUUAUGUUUUGUAUGAACAUUAAGUUUUAACGAUCUGUAGGUCCAAGCCAUAUCUGAUAAAGGACCCCUGUUGAUGUCGGUUGAGUCAACACUAGCUAAGCUCAAUGAAGGAUGAAGACAAAAGUCACUGACACAUUAAUGUAGUGAUGCUUGUAGCUGUGCUGGAUGGUGCCAGAUGGUGCUUUACAGAGGAGAAAAUGGUAUAACGGUUUGAUGGAGGGUGGCAAAGUAGUGUAGUGGUUAUCACUGUCACCUGACACAUGAAGGUCCUGGGUUCAAAUCUAGGUCAGGGCGUUUCUGUGUAGAGUAUGUUUUCCCUGUGUCUGCGUGGGUUUACUCUGGGUACUCCGGUUUCCUCCCACAUCUCAAAAACAUGCAGAAGUGGGGUUAGGUUAAUUGGUUACUUUUAAAUUGCCCAUAUGUGUGAGUGUGGAUGGUUGUUCAUCUUAUAUAUGAGCUCCUGCAAUGAACUGGCGAUUUGUCCAGGGUGUCCCCUGCCUUUGCCCCAAGAUGCUGGGAUAGGUUUCAGCCUACUGCGACCGCCCAACGGGAUAAGCGGUAGCAAAUGGAUGGUUGGAUGGGUUUGAUGCAUCUGUGACUGACAAGGGCUUAGGAAAUGUUUGACUUUAUGAUAUAACGAAAUGAACAGACCUAAGUUGGUAUUUUUGCAUCGAGACAAAACUCAGGGUACCGGCAUGCCACACCAAAUUAGGCAAUGACGUCACUUUGGUUUUUUUCCUCGAUGAUACAGACGCAGAACAAAAUGACAGAGUCUCUGGUUCUUUGGCUUCAAUUUUAUGACCUGUUGUUGUCAACUGAUGGUCACUCUGCUGAAGCAUUUUAUUGCACCCAAAAAUGCAUUUUGUUUUAUUUGUUUGUUUAUUUUUGUUUUUCUCUGAGAAGAUUUUGUCCCCAGUUUAUUUCAUCUGACCAGCUUUGAGUUCAUUCAACCAGCUUUAAGGAGGUAUGUAUAUGCAGCCAGGAACAAUGAGAAAUUCUCUCAAUGCAGUACAUAUUAACACUUGUCAAAGUCCGACUUUUAAACCUGUAUUUUCAUCAUAUUUUGCUCUGCUAAAAGACCAGAACACUUAGGUCAGAUUAUGGUUUGAGAAGACCAAGUUCUCUUAAGUGGUAGUGGUGGUCAAGAGAGCAUAAGGCAGCCUGGCAGAGGUUAGGAAACAGCCCUUUUUUUAAUCUCUCUCUCUCUCUCUCUCGCUCUCUCUCUCUCUCUCUUUCUCACUCUCUCUCUCUCUCUCUCUCUCUCUCUCUCUCCCCCCUCCCCUCUGCUGGGAUAGACAGACACAGCUUUGGUUGGAGGACGAAGGAAAACAGGGAUUUUGCAAGCGGGGAAUUGGCCAAAUUAAAAGUAAUCAUGCUGUUGUUAUAUCACUCUCACAUCUGGCCUCAGGGUGAUUGGCGGGGGCACCUCCGCCGUGCCUGCUGUCUGCGCGGACAACCAGGGGGUGGCUGGACCUGUGAGGUGGACAGCCCAUCCAUUGCGCACUAACCAUGCCUCCGGCCCGGCCCGGAGCACCAAACUUUCACCAACAACGCCCGGAAGUGAGCAGGAUCGACACGGCAUUUCAGGUAGGUCAACCCAAUCUGAAGCAGCAAGAGCUCCAUCCACUCUGCGCGGUUAUUUUUAAUUCAGCCAAUUGUUGCACAAGCGCGCACGCUGGAUGAGCUUUGCUGUUAGACCAAAACAGAAGAGAAACUCAGCGUCUUUUAGUGCUAACAGUUCUCACCUUUAACAAACUGUGACUGUGGUAGUUAUUCAGUGAAUUUAGAUUAAAUACUUUAUAUAAAUCGAUAAAUCUCAGUUUAAAAUCUUCUCUUUGGCUUACUUUAGGGUAUGCCCAGUGGUGAAAGCAGCUAAUUCCAUUAAUUUACAUCACUGUAAUUUAGUAGUUUUUUGUGUACUUACCCCCUUUUUGGCCUAUUUUAAAACCAGUGCUUUGAAUUCUAUUGAAAACAAGUAUUAAGAUACUUAUAGGGAGUAGCCUGUUGUUAUUUGCUAUAUUCUACAUAGCUUUGAUGAAUAAUAAAAAUAAAAACAGCAUGACAGCAAGCUGAUUGGAUGAAACUCAAAUUUUACUUGUGAAUUCCUCUAUACUCUUGCAAAAAUAAAUAAAUAAAUAAUGAUAAUAAUAAUGAUAAUGAUGAUGAUGAUGAUAAUAAUAAUAAUAAUAAUACCACACUUUACAAGCUACAUUGACCCAAUCAAUCAAAAUGUUUUCUCAAGGUAUUUUAUGUCAUUUUUUUCUCAAUUAGGUUCUUAAAAUAAAUCGUGUCAUUUUUAAUCAUCACAGCCGUUAAAAGUUCAGUUCAGAAUAUAGUGACUAUCUACCAAGUGCAAGACUGAUGUAAGGUAGUGCGGUAUUGCAAAAUAUAAAAUAAUUUCACCCAGGACUGAUGCAAACUUAAAGUCACUGCAUAUGUUGUUGUUAUAGUUACAUUACCCAUUAGUGUGGGAAAAUAUGCUUUUGUAUUAUUUGGGGGACAUCAGGCUUCCCCACUUCCACUGCCAUGGAUGGACGUACUCAGUCCUCAGUAUCUACAGUAUAUUUCUAAUAAAGCACUUUCUACUUUCUACUUAAGCAAAAUGUCACUGUCAUUACUGUACUUUUACUCGAGUGCAAUAUUGUUUAACUUCCGACGAUUAGCUACGUAAAGUACGCUACUUGUAUUUACUGUAUGCCUUUAUGUAUCAUGUCCUACCUCCCACUUGACCAGAACAGGUCUGUCCCUCUGGUGUAAAAAUGAUGCAUUACCUGGUUUCUUACUAAUCACUGGCUGUUAAACUUGAUUCAGUUUGAUCAGAGCCCCUAACAAGGGUUAUCAAUUCUGGUUAGCAAAGGAAGCACAAGGGACAACCAGAUCCUCCACAUCACAGAUAUCAGAUAGAUCCAUGUAAAGGAGAAUACCCUUUGUGACUUUACCUCUACCCAAGAACAUUCUCUCCAGAAUGUGGAAGAUAUCUUUAAAUUUGCUCUUUGUUAAUUUGGUGAUCACAAAAUUUAAGAAAAGUGGUUCAAGGCUGACUAGUCUGCUGUAAAAAGAAGUUGAGAAAUGCAAAGACAAUGCAGGAAUUAACAAGAGUGAAGAUACCAACAGGCUUUAAACAUCAUAUGGAAUGAGAUGCUACUGUUACUGUGCACCUGUUUUAUGUUAAUGUUUAGACUUUGUCAUAAAUAAAAAUUUCUAGUUUAAUAUCAUUUUGACCUGUAGACUGAAGAGUUAUACAGUCGAUACUGAGGAACUAUUUAUUUAACUGUGUAAAUGAAUUUAAAUCAAUAAGAUUAUCAUAAGAUCAAUAGUGCCAACUCGUUUGUGUGAUUAGUGGGUAGCUGGGUAAUAAGUGGAAAACCAUUUAAUGCCUUUAGUGUUUCAUUCUUAAUCCUGUAUGCAUGAUGGGUCUGUAUCAGUGUGAGUACGAUAUCUUCAUAGUCCCCCAAAAGCAGCUGGAAAAAAUAAUAAAUAUUUAGAAAAUAUGAAACUAUGUUAGGUCUCUUCACCAUGUCCAAGUUGGUGAGCUGCUGCAAAGAUAACAAAAAACUCAUAAGUAACUAGAGUGAGUCAGAUUGUUAUUUUGUAAAGUGAUUUGGGGAUUGAAUGAGUCAGUGUUUUGGCUUUUAUGUUUGUAUGUGUGUCUGGAUGGAGUCCAUGUGCAUCACUUGUUUGUCCACUACCUUAGAUUAGUGAUAUGUAUUCAAUGGUCAGAGCAGAUGGCAAUAUUUUCCUCUCUUGGAUCCAGAAUGAAAAACAAAAAAGCCUUCGAAAAAAAACAACGUAAUAUUCCUGUAAGCGAGACGGGCUUAAUCCUCACUGUGGAGGAAGAAUGCCAAGAGUAGGACAGGAGGAGGGGUUAUCCAGGGGUUGGUCAUUGGAGGGACAAGAGGGCUCAUUUCAUUGUGCUUGUGAUCAAAUGUUGUAUCAUAUUAUAUAAGUUAUAUCAUAUUAAGGAACAACAGUAGUUAGCUUCUAUCAGAGAGUCAUGUUUUUUUAUCUUGUCAGAUAGAAAGUCUUAAACAGAUCUCCGUUUUGUGCUGUUUAUAGAUGCUCUACAGGAAGUUUUUGAUUAAUUAGGAAGUGGUUUUGGCUGUACUCAGCCUGGCUUCUCUUACUGUUGUGUGUUCGUGUGUGUGUCUCUCUCUUGACAAAAGGCCAAGUAAGGAUUGUAGUCCCAGCUGCUGUGGACUGAAACUUGGCUUGAAGCCUGCAGACACACCCCUGUCAGCAUCAGCAGCUCACAUCUUCUUGUGGAGACAGCACGUAGACAAACUCUGCUCUCCAAAGACAUAAUAUGUGAGGCAAUUGAUAACCUUAUGUUGUAUUGGGUGUUUCUUAUCAGCUCUUAUUAGUUGAUUGUGAUCUAGUAUUACUUUUUGAAUGUUAACUCCAAGCAUCUGUAUGUACAGAGAGGUUUGACAGUAUUUGCAUCCAGAAAAUGAAAGAUAAUGAAUUUUUUUUUAAUACUUGAAGAUAGUAAGUGUAUAAGUUAGCAGAUUCCAGUCAGCUGAGCUCCUGUGUUGAGCAACCAGCCUAGGUACCAGAAACAUCAACAGUAGUUGACGGGACCAGGUCUACCAUAUAAUUUACUUAAUUUUAAUGAAUCCCUGCCAAAACAAAUUCCAUGUGUAAGUGAAUACUGUUUUACUCUGUUGGCACUUAACUUUGCUACCCCAUAUCCCAUUCGUGCGCUGUAGGCAUGAGAACAUGUAUGUGUUUUUUCCACAAAAAGUACAAAAACAAUAGGGGUGGGAAUCACUCGUGGCCCCACGAUAUGAUAUUACCAUGAUACGAUAAUUUGGUUAUUUUUAACAUUUUGCAAUACAGUGAGUAUUGUGGUACAACAUAUCGCGAUUCAUAAAUUUUUUUUCAACUGUGUAGCUAAUUUAGCAUUUGUCUUUCCUUUACAUUAGUCUUAUUUUCGUAGUGUUAUUUUUUUCAUGUAGCAUAUCUUGCAAACCUUAUAUAUAUUUUUUGUACAAACUUUCUCCUGCUCCAUGAUGUCAUCUCUGCCAACCUCACUGGACAAACAGUUGAUUUUAUUUUUUCCAUUAUAAUAGAUUUGACUUCAUAUUAGCAAUUCAAUUGAAAAAUUGAUACGUGGGAAAUGAGACGAUACGAUAUAUCACCAGACAAAAUAUCCCUAUACUAUGCUGUAUAGAUUUUUCCCCCACCCCGAGAAAACAAAUGGGCUUUCUUACAGCAAAGUAAAGCACAGACAAGUUUUCAAAUAAAGCUGCAUACUCCUGCACCAACAAGAGUACUUUGGUUGGAAUUAAACAAAAAUAUUAAGUUACUGUAGACCCAUAUGUAGUCGUUGAUGACAUAGCUUAUGUUCUAGUUUCAAGUCAGCAAAGGGGCUGGUCUGUCUGGAUCCCCUGUGGUUAAUAGACUUACUGUUGACAAGUUAAAUCAUUAACAGUAUGAAUGAGUAAAGCAAGCCUAUCAUGGCAAAUGAAGUAUAGGUGCAUGAGUUUGAGUCGAAGAUCCACUGUCACAAGUAAACAUAUUUUCUUCUAGAAAGAGUGCUAAUUCACAUUCAUGUUUAAAUAGAAAAAAUCUAAUUAGUCUUAAGAGGAGAGUUUUAAACUGUAGAGCUUUUGCUUUUGUUUUCUCAUGCAUGACAUUUGUGGGAUUUUGAGUGAGGGUAUAUCUCACCUUCCUUUAUGUACAAACACACACAAACCGUACAGUCAUCAUGUGAGAGUGACACACCAAAUAUCAGUGAGCGUUCAUUUAGCGUCUAAUUUUAGCUCCAUUAAUGAGAGGCAGUGUUUGGCUCUAGUUAUGUGAACUGCAUUACCAAAUGGGCAUUUGUAAUUCAUAUUUCAGUAAGAGAUUUAAAAGCUCAACGGAGAGGGAGAGGGUUAUGAUAUUCUAAAAACCUGUGAUUUGGAUAAUAGAUGUUUGUUAAUUAAAAAAAAUCUCUCAAUGACCAUCUGUACCUCUGAGUGAAAGUGUGGCUUUUUGUGUUCAACAGAAAUGACUCACUGUGUGUGUUUGUGUACACAGCAGGUUUGUUAGUGAAUGUUUGCUGCAAUGCACACCAUUUAAAUGUUUGCUCUGUUAAUGUGAUUUUCUGAACAAGAUCUAUGACUGCAACAAUGAGCAGGACCCUUGCCUUCUAUAUAUUACUGUCAUGCGCAGAUCAAGUUAUCUUGACACCAUGCAAAAAGUGGUUGUUGUAAGAACUAGUAAGAUUUUGAUAGGCCUGCAGGAUAAUUUCAGGAUUAAUUGAUCAUUAUUUUUUGAGAGGAAGGCAAGGAUGUUUCAAAGCCUGCAGAGAAUGGGCUCAAAUUACAUGUUUUUACUUUAACAACAGUCCAAAAUGAAGAAAAAUCAGUUCACUAAUAUAGAUGAAAUAACAAAAGAAAAUGGAUAUUUAACACCAAAUAAGCUAAGAGUAGCCCAUGUGUGAAAUUUUCAAUUUGAAAAAUAUGUCUGAAAUGAUUGUCCUAUUAUCAAAAAUGCGUGUCUUGUCAUUUUCAGUAGACUGACUCCUUUUUAAGUCGACAAACUGCUGAAGCUCAGAUUUUUAUUUCAUACCAUGAUACCAUUCUUAAUCUUGCUUCCACUUAUAAGUUGUUGUUCCCUAACCUUAACAAACUUAAUUCACUGCUUUGGCCCAGGGGUUAAGGUGUACAGCCCCUUUACAAAGGCAAUAGCCCCUGAUGCAGAGGUCAUAGGUUCAACUCCAGGCCACAGCCCACACUGCUGUCUGGUCCUCGUGUUUCCUGUUUCCCUUCAGUUGUCCUAGCUAAUGAAGGCAGCGAUGCCCCCAGGUGUUGUCAGUGACCCAUGUGCUCUUUCAGUCUCUUCCUUCUGUCUUAUAUGUUGCAGAAACCAGUCUUAAGCAGCAUUAUAUGUCAUAUGUGCAUCUGUGUGUGUGUAUUUGUGCGGUGUGUGUAACUUUUUGUGUUUGUGGACCUAUCUGUGAUGGCUCACUCGUAUCAGUGUUGAUCUGACAGAAGAGAUCCCUCGGCUUAUGGCACUGAGCUCUCCAGCCUGUAUUAAUCUGCUUAAUAGGGUCAAAACUCUGGUCCAAAAAUACCAGCUCUACCAACCAAUGCCCUCACACAGGCAGAAACUCCACACCACCCCCACGCAGGGGCUUCAAAAAGGGUCCAAUACACAAGGUCAGCCAUACUGUGCUUACCUUAAAUUUACAGUGAGAACAUGAACUGUGGUAAAAAGUUAUGUAAAAUAGUAAGCCAACACCUGUGCGAGCCCAUUUUCUGUCAUAUCGCAGAUUUAUUCAUGAGAUGAUGAAUAUUAUUUAGGAAAGUGUGUUGGAAUUUGAGCUCUAGUUUGCAAAUGAAAAAAAAAUCUGUAGGUUAAGGUUACUUUAUUGUAUUUCAAGUAGAACUAUUGUACAUUUAAACCAACUUCAGUAGAGUUAGCAAUUAUUUACAUAUUCUAAAAACUUGGUACACAGUUUAUUCAGGAUAUAGUUGUCAGUUUUGUCACUGAUGGUCUUGUUUUCUUUUGUAUAUCAUAAAAAAACAUUAUUAUGGCUUCCUGUCAAAAAAACUCCACUCAGAAGCUUUAAGCAUAGCGUCCCUGCAGUAGGAUUACCUCAGCAUCAAGUCUUAAAAUAUAUGUAUAUUCAGGAAAAGCAAAUUAUUUAAUUCUGAUCAGCUGCGGUGAAAGAUUCUUCAUAAUACAGAUCAACUUUGGUUAAAAUCUAUGAUGUUUUCCACACUCAUAUACAAGCAAAAGACCACCUAACACCUUAUAGAAACCUCUGUAAUUACAAGUCAGUAACCCUGGGGAGACUUUUAAAGACCAAAACACUUACAAUUAUUUAUUAUUAUUAUUAUUAUUAUUAUUAUUAUUAUUAUUAUUAUUAUUUAUUUUUAUUUAUUUAUUUUUUUUCUUCUAUUAUUUCUAUAUCAGAAGAGUAGUUAAGGUUUGGGAGAUUUAAAGUAAACUAACAACAAACCAGGUUUGUUUGACAGAGCAAAGAGAUAAAUUUGACAUGAUUAAACCCAGUUGGAGAAACAGAGAGUAUAUUUUUGUGUUGUAGCGCAGUUUGCACACAUUUGUAUUGCUAUGUUAAAGAGCUGUAUUAUGCUCAAUAUACUGAGACAGUGAUAUGGGCAAACAGCGAUUUAAGUAGCAUGUCCCUCUUCCUCAAUUAUCUGUUAUCAGUAAAUGCUAAGCAGUGUUUGGACUUGCAACCUCGAUAUUAGACACGGUGUCCUCAGAACCACACUGGACAUCCAUAAACUCUUCUUGCCGACCAGCUAGCAAAGGAUGGGCUUGUGGUUAAGCUUGCUCUGCCUGAACAUCUGUUCAUGUUUACACACAUGUGAUAAAGUCAGAGCGGUUAGCUUACUAAAGUGUACAGUUGCUCAGCACGGCAUACAAGACCCUAUUACGCAUGAGGAUUCCCAUAUGGUCCCACCCCACUUCACUUUUUCUACUCUUUUAGCACAGUGCUGUCCUUUAUUCCUGUGCAUCAUAGCAUGAAAUGCACUGAGAGUUGUUCCCUCAUGAGGUUCUCACUCUACUCCCUGUGUAUAAAUAGCAUAGCAAGAAUAGUCAGAGCACCAUGGGGUGCGUGGGCCCCAAAUGACACCUCUGUUUAAGUCUGUUCUGACAUGACUCAAGGUCAAAAUGCCACCAUUGAAGCAUUUUGGUGUCACUGUAAGAGUCCUUUGACACGAAUGUGUUUAAUUUACUCUAUUAUAUAUCAAAUCAUACACUUUUACUCUUAGUUUUUUUAAGAUCUGAUCACUUUACAUUCACUCAUCGUGAGCCUUUUUUUCCCCCAUUCUGUCCCAGUUGUUGUUAAAAAAUAAUACCUUUAUCCAAAAUGGCAAAAUCAUUGUGAUCCAGAUUUUUACUAUUAAUUAAAAGAAAAUAGGUUGAAACUAUAAAAUGAAUAUCUUGUCAACAAAACUAGCUUGUUUGUGGUUCCAAUUCAAAUAAAAAAAAAUCUCAAUAUAAAGAAAAUAUUCAAUACUUUGGAAUUUCAGCUUUUUACAUUGUCAGCUAAACCAGCCCAGAUUAAAUCAUUAUUUGCAAAAGCAUUAUUGUCAAUGUAUGUGACCACUUUAAUUUUUUUUUCUUUCAAUCAAGCCUGUUUUGGGUAACCAACAUUGUUCUUAUGAUUUUUUUUUUCUUUUGAUUGAUUUGAAGGUUAAAAGUUUGUUAGUUGUGUCAUCUUAACAGCUUACAGAGAAGUGAGUUAAGUGAAGUAGUGUGUUGUUUCAAGAGAGAGUUUGUGAAUAACAUCAACGAUCGUAUAUGAAACAACACUUAACCCUUGAAGGACACUUAACUUUACACACUUGUAUGGAAUAAACAAUUCAUCUCAUUGUUAUCCAUAUGAACACUGAUGACAUGAGUUUCCUGUAUAGUUGUCCACACAUGCUCCGGUUAUAGGAGAGUUGUGAGGCAGCCUACCAACAUGCCUGUGAGUACAAAUAUGUUUUACAGCGUGUGGACAGUGAGUUAUGGUGGAGUGGGUCUGAGUGCUGCUCUGUGAAUUUGACAUAAGAUCAUCUAUGACAUCCGUGGCGGGCAAGUAUCGUUGGCCUCUUUAGAGCCUCACUUUCUCCUUUUUUUUUCCUGCUGUCAUGAUGGAGGAUAAUAGACUGGAGGUUAUUAAAAAUGCAUGUUGUCAUGGUGUGCAGCUUAGAAAGAAGGAGGAGACUUUAAGUCAGGAUGGAUAGAAGUCUGCUCUGAAAGUAGAAGUCAGAAAGUACAGUGAGUCCAGGAAAGGAGCUUAGCUUUUUCUGACCUGAGAUAGUACUCUGUCCUUUACAUGUUAAACAUGUUCAGGGAGUUGUCUACCAUUACUUAUUUAUUGUGUUACUGUAAAUAAGCAGGGUAUCAAUACGGCCUGUUGGUGUGUGAAUGUAAGGGAGCCAAGCGUGGAGAGGUCGGUGGAUCUAAUCGCACCGUUCCAGUCUGCAGGACAUUGAACACAUUGCCCUGAUAACUGAUAGACUCUUUAGCAACGCAGACAAUCGGACGUGUGUUUGCAUGUGUGUUUGUGCAUGUGUGUGUGUGGGUGUGUGUAGCCUUUGUCCCAGCUCUAGUUUCUACGUCAGAGUAAGGUUACUCAAUGAAGUCUAUGAUAGAUCAGUCAUUGUGGCAGAAAGCAGUAGCUGUGGCAGAUCUUAGGAGUGACUCCAUCUCCUCCUGUUGUAACUUUUGAAAACAUAUGAUACACACUUGCUAGACUAACAAUUUGACAAGGUAAGGUGUGUGUCUCGUGUGUUUCUCAGUCUGUGUGCUUGUGUUGGCAGUUUCCCUGGAUUUCCGAUGACUUCUUUUCUACUGUUGACAAAGGAAAUCCAGUGUGCAGACUUUGAAACCCAGAGAUGACUUUUCACAUGUCUUGAUUUAGGUUUUUCUUUCCUUUAAGAGGAAGUGAAAACCCUGAAUUUUCUUCUAAAUCUCUGCACAUCUCAGGCUCCUCUGUAAUCAAAGGUUAAGAGCUGAGUGGGUGCAACUUUCUUGGUGUGUUUAGGGAACAGUUUGUCAAUUUGGAGAGUCAGAGUCGUGCUAUUACUCUUACUGUCAGACAUGUAAGGGUCCGCAUUUCUUACAUUUACACUAAACUGAAUCCAAUAUUAACAGCACAUGGGAUGUAUUGAAAAAACAUUAAGAAUGAGGCGUGCAAAGCAGUAACGCUGCCUCAUUUAAGGUAUAGAUUGAAGAGCUUCUAGGAGCGUCUAAGCAUGGGCAUUGGUCUGUUAUGAGAAAGUUCUGGUUGCUCACAGGACAAUGAAUGAGGAGAGGAGGGUUUGAUUCAGUUUCUAUUUUUACUCUUUGUGCAGUAAGUACAGUCCCAUCUCUAAUAUUGCACACUGGACAUCUUGACCAGUUUUGAAAAUAACAGUCAAGCUUUUGUCUCUUCAUCAUCUGUGUUUUCUGCUCUUAAGAAAACCCCCAUCAAGGAUGCUCCCUCAUUAUCCUGCCUCUCCAUCCUCCCACUUUUCAGCUCCCAUCCUCUUUUUAUUGUCACUUUUCCCUCUAUUUUAUCUUCAGCCUACCCACUGCAUCCACCCACACUGGUCUUCCUAACAAUUUCAGUGUCCUCCUCCUUAUUCAUUCAUUUGGUGGUAUUUCUCCCUGUCUCUCUGUCUCUCUCUCGUCUUUCCCCUUAGCAGGAUCGGUAUCACUGGGAUUAGUUUUAGGAGGUGACUCACGUCUGGAGUCUUUAAUUAAACAUCUUUAGGACCCAGCCAUGAGCAUGAACAUUUACAUUACACACACAGAGAUAUGCAUUCAGACACUGAUACUUAAACAGGAUCAUCAAGAGAGCGGUAUUUAUUAAAUGUAAUCUUUAUGCUGAUGAAAAAUCACACAUGCAGUGGAAACCUGGGUGCAGCCACAGAUAGUGCUUUAGAGGCAGAGUGGGCACCUGGGGAAAUUACAUUGCACAGUUAAGAGUAAAUACUGUAUAUGAGCCCUGAUGUCUAAAGUAAGCAAGGCCCACAGUAUCACAGUUCAAGACAGUUAAUUAUGCACUAAUGUACACACAGACCCACUUACCUGGUUCAUUUCAGGUUGUGGUGACUCUCUUACCCCUUAGCAAGUAGUAGGUUAGAGAAAAACUAUGGGCCUGAUCUACUAAGAUCCCAAAUAGCGAACGCUAAAUUGCAUGUGCAAACUAAAAAACUGCAUGUGCUAUUAGUGGGCGUGGUGCUGGUGAUCUACUAUUAUUGUAUGCAAAAUUGAUAACAGGUGUAAAAGUGGUAGGGACCGCCCUCCAAAAACGAGGAUUUUGCGUGCGCUAUCAGCCGUCACCAUGGAGAGUUUGUGAGAGCAGAGUGAUCAUAGAUGAAAAAUUAAGUUUGAAGCUAUGGAGUUGCAACUAUCAGUUUUCGGAGGCCAGCAACUGCAUAAAAGGCAAGGGAAGUUUAUUUGUAUCGCACCAUUUAUACACAAGGUAAUUUUAAGUGCUUUACAGAUGCAAGGAAAUAUAUUUGAAACAAAAAAAAGAGAUUAAAACAAUUUAAAAUCAAUAAGACAAAGAGAUAAAGUUUUGCGACUGUUCCGUGUUUGACCGAAUUAUUUAUCAAAACCGUCAUUUACUAGAAACACAUUUUUGCACUUUUGCCUCCUUCUCCCUGCAGCCAUUUGUGUGUAACGCUAUGCCAGUUUGCAUGUGCCUUUCAAACGUGCCAAAUAUAGACCAAAACAGAGACCGCAAUUGGUUUCCGGGUUCGAUAAAUCACAUUGCGGGUGCUAAAUGAUUCCAUUUGCAUCUGCUCCUCACAGAAUUUUGCGCGGUCAGAUGAUCUACAUACAAUCUGCAUAUUCAUGAAGGCAAACACACUAAAUGGACUGCGCAUGCUGUUUUGCUCAUUUGACAGAUGCAAUCCUCAGUGCACCCGGUUAGUAGAUCAGCUUUGCGUGAGCCAUCAAGUUUGCAUGUGUUUUUGCACACACAAACCUUUAGUAGAUCAGGCCCUGUGUGUAUAUUAUGUGAUUAGCAGUUUUAUUAUUUUGGAAACACUGGGUAAUGAUCAGAGAUACAGUAUUUCUCAUUUGAAAAGUAGCAGCACUUGCACCAGAUAAGUUAAUUACUCUUUUGUCUGUUUGAUAGUGUUGGUCUUUCUCACAGUAACAUGACUUACCACAGCGCCUUCACAAUAACAGAAGGACAAAGCUUUGUUUUGUUUUUGCUCUUUUCUCUUCCAUGUUCUGGUUGCCUCACCCAUUUCCUCUUAUUUUGUUUCCCAUCUCUUUUUCCGCCCCACACACUCAUCUUUUCUCAAGAAAUAAGUUUCUUGGAAACCAGGAGUUGUGACCGAACAUGUGCUCUCCAGCGUCACUCUCUCAGCACCACAUGACAGUAACCACAAUCAAACCCUCAACACACAAACACACUGACUCUUUUUUCUGUCUCUCUUCAGGUAUCGGAAAGACUCAAGAAUAAACAGGGUCUUCUGUUGUGUGUCCACUGGGAGUGCUGCUGUAGACUGGCUGCUCUAAUUCUGUGAUCCUCACGCUGACGACUGGGCCACCCAUCCACCCGUCUCUGUGUGAGGGGAUCAUUUUAUCCUGGGGUGCAAAGGCUUUGCACUGGCUGAACCACAGCCAUGGAGGUGGCCCUGGUAGACUUCGAGACCCUGGGUGAUCCUGAUGGCAGUGCUGAGGAUGAGGUGGACACCUACGCUGAUGAGACCACAGCUCUCACAGUGGACAUCCCCCAGGAGCCCAACAGCCCCGGCAGUCACUACCUUCUGCGGGUCCCUCAGCUUUCUUCUCCACCCUCCCACCACAGUCCAGUGUCCUCCCACAUGUGGGAAUCCACUUCAUCUUCACCCAUCCCCCAGACACAGACACUUACAGUACCGCAGUCUCCAACCAUGCCAACUCCGAACAGACAGGGACGUAGCAGUUGUGCCAGUAUGAUUUCCAACUGGAAGUUGCUGCUGAACAGUGAGGGCACGAAAGAAAGUGAGACCAUUUUCAGUCGGCUUGCCAAGGAGUGCUGCGAGGAUCUGUUUGUAGAUAAACGAGGUCUGGAUGAUGGAGACCAAAAAGUUAUCAUCAACAUUGCUGGUCUUAGAUUUGAAACCCAGCUUAAGACGUUGGACCAGUUUCCUGAUACACUGUUGGGAGAUCCACUGAAGAGAAUGGACUACUUUGAUCCAAUGAGGAACGAGUACUUCUUUGAUCGGAACCGACCCAGCUUUGAUGGGAUCUUGUAUUACUAUCAGUCAGGGGGUAAAGUAAGGCGUCCAGCUAAUGUUCCCUUAGACGUGUUUGCUGAUGAAAUUUUGUUCUAUGAACUUGGAAGUGAGGCCAUGGAGCAGUUCAGAGAAGACGAAGGCUUCAUAAAGGAUGUGGAGAUCCCUCUACCUGAUAAUGAUGUGAACAGACAGUUCUGGCUGCUCUUUGAGUACCCAGAGAGCUCCAACGCAGCCCGAGGUGUAGCACUGGUGUCUGUUUUUGUCAUUGUCAUAUCCAUCAUUAUUUUCUGCAUGGAGACGCUGCCAGAAUUUAGAGAUGACAGUGACCCAAUCGUGCCGACAGCGAUGCUGCCUUUCAACCACUCCAGACUUUACACAUCUGCGGCUCCAUCUGCUGCAAAGCCCACAACUUUUUCCGAUCCCUUCUUCAUCAUUGAGUCUGCAUGCAUUGCAUGGUUCUUCUUUGAACUGUGUGUGAGAUUUUUAGUAUGUCCGAGCAAAAGAGAGUUUUUCCACAACCUUAUGAACAUUAUUGAUGUUAUAUCCAUCAUCCCUUAUUUUGUUACAGUAAUCACAGAACUGGUCACAACGCCUCAUGAGAACUCAGGACAGAACAUGUCUUUGGCAAUCCUCCGCAUCAUUCGUCUGGUGAGAGUGUUUCGUAUAUUUAAACUCUCACGUCACUCUAAAGGGCUGCAGAUCCUGGGACAGACUCUGAAGGCCAGUAUGCGUGAGCUUGGCUUGCUCAUCUUCUUUCUAUUCAUUGGAGUCAUCCUCUUCUCCAGUGCUAUCUACUUCGCCGAGGUAGACGAGCCUAACACACAGUUCGUAAGCAUACCUGAUGGCUUCUGGUGGGCUGUGGUUACCAUGACCACAGUUGGCUACGGGGAUAUGUGCCCCAUAACAAUGGGGGGUAAAAUGGUGGGCACCUUGUGUGCCAUAGCGGGCGUGCUGACCAUUGCUUUGCCUGUUCCUGUUAUUGUCUCCAACUUUAACUACUUCUACCACAGAGAGACAGAAGCAGAGGACAAGCUUCCCUUGGCAGAUGCAGUUGAGCAAGCCAUGAAGGCAGAGACAAGUACCACACAGGGCAGCAUCACCUCGCUCAGCAAAGCCAAUGGCAUCUGGCAAACAGACAAAGGGAAAUAA